CGCACACAAGUGUAGUUUAAUGUACGCACACAAGUAAAAAGUGUAGUUUAAGUGCGCUCAGUGCUGCACUGCGUGUGUGGAAAAGUGCGGGAAAUUAUUGCAACGAGACUGUUAAAUAGCGUUUAAGAAAAAACUAAACGUAAUCCAGCCAACUCGUAAUAAUAAAGUGCGUUGCAAAAUGCUAUCAUUUGUAAAGACUUGAAGAAUUAAGCAACAAAAUAUUGGUGGCAUGUUUUGUGAAUUUCAUAAAUCUCUCGUUUCGUUUUGGUUUUUUUCUUCUCUACCACAAAAAAGGGCGCGCGAGUGAGACAACAGUAUUGGCGGUGCCGAACAGCAACAAGACAGCUAUCCCGCCUACUCUCAUUCAACUCACACGUCGCAGACUAAAAGUCUGCUCGCUCUCAAAUGUUUGACAUUUUUCACAUUCAGCAUUUUCCCUUUGUUCGUCGGCGGGUCUCGUUGUCAUAUGGCUCGUAUAGACGCUCGUGCGUGCGUAACAAAUAAAAUUGAAAAAAGAAGAAACGAAACGCAACGCAAAAAAUCGGUGUUUCAAAUUUACCAAAAUAGCGCACAAGUGUAAAUAAACAAAAUGUUAAAUGCGCAUGCAGUGUACAAGUGUAUUCAAUUCAUUGAGAAAUAUGCGUAAAAAGCGUUAUUUCGUGAUUACUACGGCGACGACGACGACAUCAAAACCAACAGCAACAACAACAACUAAGUGCUGCUGCGUUCAUUGACGUGACGCGCGAGUGUGAGUGUGUAUUUGUGUAUGUGUGUGUGUGUUUAUGUGUGCUGGUGAGUGUGUGAGUGUGCUGCGAGUUGUUUUCAAAUAAAUAUUAUACAAAAUACAAAAAUCAAAAGCCCGCAGCAACAGCAACAACAAACAAAACACCACAUACAAUCAAAAUUGCAGUGACAUCAAAACUGCAAACAAAACAUACAUACUACAUACAUCAAAUCAAAAGCAAAACAACGAAAUAUUUACAUCAAGCUCAGUUCAGUCCCGCGUGUCUCUCUUCGUUGCGCGCAAAAUUCUGUGUGGGGAAGAAAAGAAAGUGUGGUCAACAGUCAUCGCAAUCUCUGCACUCAAAAUGUCUAUUUAUCUAAGUGUGCGUGUGUGUGUGUUCUCAGUGUAUUGAAGCGGGAAGAAGGAGGAAAGGAGUAAAAAGGAAGUUAAAAGCAAUAUCCAAGCAACAACAACAUAAAUACGAAUCAUAAUAAAAAUAUUAAGCAGAAGAAGAAGCAACAACAACAACACAAAUGAAGCAAUCACAUUUUGUUCAAUUUUAAACCACAAAUAAUCUGUAUCCCCCGAGCAUUAAACAAGGCGCAUAAAUUUUUGCCAAUGAGUCGCAGACAGUCAUUGGAUCGACCAGGAAUAUUGUCUCCUCCGGGUCCGUUUCUGACGCCCAGUCCAUCACCAUCGAUCUCAGCUAGUCCACGCCUGCAACCAUCACCAUCGCUAUCGCCAUUCCCACAGGAUGUGGUGCUUGUAGCCGGUGGCAACGCAUUAAACGCCAACAGCAAUCCCCAGGAACACGAGCGCAAGGCGGCGACGCCUGGCAGGCGACAAUCCAUACAUCAGUUCACAAAUGGCAGUCCCAAUGCCGGCACCGUUGUCUUUCAACCGAGUCCAUCACAGUCACCGGCCGCUGCCACGACGGUCAUUGGCGUGACAGCUGGCGGACUCAUAGCCGCUGCUGCUGCCGCCGCUUCAUCAGCCGGUGGACACAGCAAUGCAAUUGGCAAUGAGCUAAACGCAACCCUUGUCGGCUCCAACAAUAUACAACUGAAUAAGAAGGGCAAUAAGCGAACGGGUCAGCAGCAGCAACAGCUACAGCAGCAACAACCACAGCAGCAGCAACAGCAACUGCAACAACAACAACAGCAGCAGCAGCAGCAGCAAUUGCAGCAGCAAAUCUUUAGCACCAACGCAGCGGCGCCCACAUCGAUCUGCUCGACAGUAGCCGGCGGCUAUGGGCAACCAAACGCAACGGCAAUCAGCACGCCCAUUUCGUUUGCGACAGCAAAUGUGGCUAGUAGCCCAAAAGGUCAAGCGAAAAAGGGCGCCACAACGGUGCUCAGUCAACAACAGCAGCAGCAGCAGCAGACACAGUUCCAGCAUUAUCAGAGCAGCAGUCCGCUGAUAGCGGACAGUCCCAUACCAAGUCCGAGCAACGCGAUUGCGGCUGCGGCCAUAAAGCCGCCAACGCCCCAACCACAGCCUCAGACCGUACAAAUGUUGCCGCAGCAGUUCACAAUAACCAGCGGGCCGCAGCAACAGCAGGCACCGCAGCAAGUGUUUCAGUUCAUUCAGGGGCCGCAGGGUCAGAUCAUUGCCACCACACAGCAGCCAACAACGCUUCAGCAGCAGCAACAACAGCAACACCUGCAACAGCAGCAGCAGCAACAACAACAGCAGCAGCAACAACAUCAACAGCAGCAGCAACAAACGCACCAGCAACGUUUUAGCAGCAAUGCAGGCAUUGCGUUGUCCACUGCCAACACGAAGGCGAGCAAAGCGCCCCAACAGAUUCUGCCCAAGCCGCAGCAGGAGCUGUCCACAACCCAAACGCUGCAGCAGCAAACGAAGGGCAAAAACAACAAUGCACAGCUGCCGCAGAUCUCGCAAUCCCCCCAGCCGCAACAGGCACAGCUUACCGCCGCACCCACCAAUGCCAAUAACCAGCAACAGCAGCCGCAGCAGCAGCAGCAACAACAAAUACUGUUGCCGGCGACAGCAGCACAGCCACAGCAAUUGCUGUUGAAUCAGAUGCCAGUGCUGGUGCAACAGAAUCCGCAAGGUGUGCAGCUAAUCCUACGUCCACCGACGCCACAAUUGACCACGACACCAUCGCUGGUCAUACAGAAUGCACGCGGACAACCGCAGUUGCAGCAGCCGGCGCAGCAACAGUUGCUGCGCAUUGUCAACACGAAUGGGGCGACAAUGCAACUGGCAGCAGCAACACCCACCUUCAUUGUGUCGUCGCAGGGCAAUCUCAUACAGCAGACAGCUGCGGGCGGUCAGUUCCAAAGCGCCAUCAAGUCGGGCACACAAUUGAGCGGUCUCCAUGCGGCACUCGCCCAAGCGCCACGAUCUCAGCCGUUCACCACAACGGCCACCAUCAACACCCAGCUGCUGGGCCAGAGUGUUGCUGCGCAGUUGCAGAAUCUGCAGCUGGCCGCGGCAGCCGCUGCCAAUGGCAAUGGCAUCACGCAGAUACAGAUGCCCAAUGGCCUCGCGGCAAUAUCACAGCUGCAGCAGACGCUUGGAGGCGCCACCAUCAAUCUGAAUCAGCUCAAUGGUGCACAUCUGCAGCAGAUUGCGACGGCAUUUCAAACGCCACAGCCACCGCCGCCACAGACAACAGCAACAGCAGCCACAACGACUCCUGCCAAUGGCAACAACACAACGGCGGAGCUGUUUGCACAAUCCUCGCCAGCACAUGUGCCGCUGGCGGUGACGCCCGAGCCACUGCGUCAGCCAACGGCACAGCAGCAGGCGGCCAUGGCCACCAUACAGCUGCAGCAUCAGCAGCAACAGCAGCAGCAGGCGCAGAUACAGCAGCUGCAGCAACAGUUGCAGCAGACUCAGACGCAAGUGCAGCAGGCGCAGCAGCAGCAACAACAGCAGCACACCGUCGAGCCGAAGAAGAAGCCGCGACCUCGCAAAAAGAAACCGCCAGCCACAGCUGCAGUGCCAGCUCCCUCGCCAACAGCAGCAGCUGCAGUAACAACAACUCCCCAAAAGAUUGCAAUACCUGCCACGCCCACAUCGACACCAGCUGCCCCCACGCUGGCACGCACACCAACGCCCCAAGCACAUGUGCUCACCCAGGCGCAGGUGGUGCGCAGCAAGUCGCCAUCGCCACCGCCGACGCACAUCCAACGGGCCAGCAAUGGCAAGUUGGAUCUCGGCGAUGUGAUGAAGUUCUGCGGCAUCACCGAGGACGACGAUGACGAUGAGGACUAUGGCAUGGAUGCCACCUCAGUUGCUGGCAAUGUUUCCACUGCGGUUGCCAAUGGCAACACAGCAGCAACAGCACCGGCAACCAGCGGCUUGGCGCAGCCCAGUUCCAAUGAUAUCAUGAUCUCCAUACCGAGCCAAAACGGCAGCGAUGGCCUGCCUUUCACGCUGACCAUACCGGCACCGACGCCGGUCAACGAAGCCACCGAAAUACCAAAUAUCCUCAUCAAAAUUGAUCCAAGUGAUGUGGCAGCUGGAGCAGCCGCCGCUGCAGCAGCCACUGGAGCAACUGUACCACCGUAUACGCUAUCAACGCCACGUCUGCCCACUGCCGAGGAGAUACAGCGUCAGGCGCAGCAGCAUCUCGCCCAGCAGGCAGCUGCAGCAGCAGCGGCAGCCGCAGCCGGCGCCAAGAUCUGCACCAACAUUCAGGCGCCAACGCCGGCGCCAACGAUUAGCUUCAGUCUGGGUCCACAGACACAGACGAUCGGCAGUGUGACGCUGCAGCCGACGCCAAUUGCUGCGAGCAUCACACUGACGACGCCCACGGUGACCACAGCAACCACUGGUUGCACGACAACGACGCCAGCUGCCACAGCGGCGGUGAAGCCGCGACGCAAACCCGCCGUGCGACGCAACACCAAGAAGCAGGAUGCCAAUAGCAACAACAACAGCAGCAACAACAACAACAACAGCGGCAUCAACAGCAGCAUCAGCAACAGCGUCGCCAGCAGCAGCAGUAUCAUCACUAGCAGCAGCAGCAACAUUUGCAACGUCAGCAGCAGCACGACAACAACUGUCAGCAAUAGCGCUGUUAUCAGCAGCAGUUGCAGCAGCAGCAUUGGCGGUGGCAACGGCACCAUCAACACCAUCACAUUGACCACACCCGCCACCGGCAGCAGCAACACCUCGAGCAUACUGCUGCCCCCUGGCUUGGGGCUGGCCAACAGCACAACAACUGUGCCCAGUCAGAUUGGCAACAUACAAAUCUCGCAGGUGCAAAAUCACCAUCAGUCCACAUUGCCCAUCAGCAACGCCGUCGAGAAUAAGAUACAGAUCAUGCCCAUUCUGCCGCCCGGUGCCACAGUCAUGGGUGGUGUGCCAGCAGCAACCACGGUUGCGGCAUCUUCAGCGCCAGCAGCAACAAGUGCCACGCAGCUGCUGUUCCAGCCAACGCCAGCAAUAACAACGCCUGCAGCCACAGAGUCUGCUACCAUCAAGUUGUCCAGCGAUGGCCGGCAGAUGCAGUUGGUCGCCAUACCGCAGUCCACGACGCCAGCAACAACAGCGCCAGCCUUGCCAGCGGUGACGACAGCCGGUGGAGCGACAAUAUUGCCGCCACAGCUGACGGGAAUGCCGGGCAAUGUGUCCAUUUCGGUGGGUUCGCCUGCUUCGGCGGCCGCGUUGGUCCCACAGCUAACGGGCAGCUUGACGUUGGCUGUCUCGGAGCAGGGCGAACGUCUGAUCUUGCGCCAUGAUCCUAACAAUCCGCAAGAUCAUCAGACGCAGCUGAUAUUGCAGGCGCUGUUGAAGGGAGCAUUGCCCAAUGUAACGAUUAUCAAUGAGCCGACGCGUGUGGAUCCGAAUAGAACAUCAGCGCCUACACCCACACCCACGCCGCCACCCCCUCCACCAGUAGCACUGCAACAGCAACAACCACAAUUGCAGCAGCCACAGACGACGCCAGUAACAGCAGCAACUGCUUCAAUACAGCAGUUGCCUAAAGUGGUGGCCGCAGUGCCCAAAACGGAGGUUAAAGUUACGAACAACCGAAAGCUUUCUGCGCCUGCUUUGCCCGCCAACAACUUGAUCGGCAGCAGCAACAUCAUCAGUAGCGUGAGCACCAUCAGCACCAGCAACAACACGAUCAAACCACCGCCUCUGCCCAUAAAGAUCAAUGAGACCUUGUCGUUUCCGCAACUGCUGUCGACAACAACCGCAACAACAACGCCCACAACAACUUCUCAGCUUAUUGUGCAACAGCAGCCACUGCAACAACAGCAGCAGCAACAGCAACAGUCUGUGCAGCAGCCAGCCUCGGGAGGACAACGCUAUGUGGCUCUGCCCCUUGAUCCCAGCACGCAGCAACUUUUCUGUCUGAACAGCGUGUCCAAUCAGAUUACGGCCAUCAGUGCUGGCCAAACGGCGGCAUCUAUAGGACCUUCGGAGCGAUUGCUAAUUGCGCCGGCAGGCAUUAAUGCCCAGCAAUUGGCGCAGUGUCUGCAGCUGGGUCAAUUGCACUUUAACGAUGUCAAUCCCUUGCCGCAGCCACAGCUGCAACUGCAACAGCAGCAGCAAGCACAGCCGACAACGAUGACUGCAACAUUGCCCCUUCCGCUGCGACCUCAACCACCGCAACAGCAAAUUGUGCAUCCGAUACAGCCGAUCAGCAACGGACACAGUCUAAGCCUGGGAUUGCCCAUCACGACGACAACAACAACGACGUUGACAACCAGCAGCAGCACCUCUACGAGCACCACAACAGUCACCAAACAGGUGGCCAAUGUGGCACCCAUUAUUGAUCAGAGCAAGGCUAAGUUGGAGCCGGCGAAGGCAACUGCAGGGGCAACAACCACAUCGUCCAGCACAGGAGCUGUGGCCAAGAAGAAGCCAGUGCGCAAGCCCAAGACGACACCAACAGCAGCCGAGUUGGCCAGCUUGAAGAAUGCGAGCGUUGUGAAACCGAUGCCUAAAUUGGAUCCGUUGUCGCAAAAGCCCAACAACAAUCCCGUGCAGAUCGUGCAACCGAAUGUGGCGAGUGGCAAGCAAAUGAUUGUUGUGGUCAGCUCGAGUGGCAACCAAUCAACGACGACCACAACAACAACCAUCAUGAGUAACAGCAUUCAGCCAUUCCAAACAACAAGCGGCACCAAGCUUGUAGGCGUUACGGCACCAAUGCAACAACAGCAGCAGCAGCAGCAGCAGCAACAACAACAGUUGCAGCAGCAGCCAACAGCAGCGAUAGCAACUGUGCAAUUGCAACAGCAACAGCAGCAACCACGUGGCAGCUUCAGCCUGACGGCAACAACAUCGACACCAAGUGUUGUGGCAAGUAGCGGUAGUUUGUCAGUAGCAGGAGCAGCUCCCGUUGUGGCACAACUGCAGUUAACAGGACAGUUACAACAGCAACAGCCGUUGCAAGCGCAGCCUAAACAACAGCCGACAGCAGUGCAACAGCAGCCACAGCAGAACACAAUUUCACGAGUACAAACAAUUCAACUGACGCCACAAAUGCAGCAAGUCUUUAGGACAGUGCAAAUGCAAAUUCAGUUCCUCACCAUCAAGUUGCAAAACAAAGCAAUUGUGCCAACGCUGUCCAUUUCACCGGACAUUGAUCCGGCAGCAAUCGCCAUCUAUAACAAGCCCAUGACAGAUGCAGAGAUUAAUGUGGCUUUGCAGCGCCUGUUUACGGAACAGCAUCGCAUACUGGCCUCGGGCAAAGAAGUGCCGACGCCAGAAGGCAUGGUACCGACGCCGAAUGGCAAUGGCAGCUUUAGCCUGAUGCCGCAGCAGUUCCAGCAAUUGCAGCAGCAACAACAGCAGCCAACACAGCAGCCGCAACUGCAACAGGCGACAGUGCAACAAUCUGUGGAGUCGGUGAAGACAGCAACACCUGCUGGAGUGAUACUCGCCAAUGUGGUGCAGCCGAAUAAUCACUCCACCACUAGCACAGCAGCAACAGCCGGAGCAGCCAUCAAUGCCCAGCAACAGCAACAACAGCAGCAGCAACAACAAUUAAAUGUUGCACAGCGUAUUCAUAUCUACCCAAUGCAACAUCAGCAGCAGCAGCAACUGGCCAACAAGCAAAAGAUGGCGCAACAGAAGCAGCAGCAACAACAACAAACGACUGCUAUCAGCAACUUGCCACAGCAGCAAACAGCGCAGCUUAAGCUCAAGGAAUCACCAUGUCGCAGCAAACCCAAUGCAGCCAAUGUACAGCAGCAACCACAACAGCAGCCAACUGUCAACGUGUUGCAGCAAAAGACAAAUAUAUUGUCGGUGCCGCAGCAGCAACAACCACUUCAGCAACCGACCGUAAAUUGCAUCAAGAAUGGUCCACCGCCACUCAUCUUUGCCAGUGCAACGAAUCUGUUAUCGAGCAGCAACAAUGUGAGCAACAACAACAGCAGCAGUUCGAACAGCAACAGCAGCAACAAUAGCAUCGCCAACAACAGCAGCAGCAACAGCAGUGUCAGCAAUAGCAACGUGCAGGUCAACAGUAUGUUGACAAUGCCGCCAUUGCAGCCGCAACAACAACUGCAACAGCAACUGCAAAUCCAGCAGCAGCAACUGCAGCUACCAUUGCAGCAACACCAGGCGCUAACCCAACAACCGGUGGCAACACCAGCGCCAGCAUUGAGUAAUUUAAUUACCCCAUCGUUGCCCGUGUUUCUGCCACUGCCGUUGUCCAAGCCGGAGGAAUUGUUGCCAACACCAAAACCUAAAAUUGCACGCCUCUCCUUGUUCGUACGACAGCUGGAAGUCGAUCAGGAGAGCUGCUUGAAGCCGGACUAUGUGAAGCCGUUUCGUACCAAAGACGAAGCGGUCAAACGGUUGAUCAGAUAUCAUUGUAUGCAUGAAAAUGAUGAGGAGCUGCCUUCCGAUGAGGAUGAAGAGUUUGAAGCAACGGCGCUGGGCUUUCGUGAUAAAUUCCGUGAAUUGAAUGGCAAACUUCAAGAGAUUCUUUUACAGGAGUCAACGUUGCAACAUCGCACUUCGGAGUCCCUGCAAGUCGAGCAACUGAUGAUCGAUGAUCUAAAGGGCGAGAUAAGCGAUAUACGCACAGCCGAAAAGGAGCUGCUCGAGAAACAGCAGCAACUUAAGGAGGAGCUAGACAAUAAUGUAGCAACCAACGAAGUUGAUGCCGGAUCGGAGACCAAAGUGAAGGAUGAAAUCAAAAUGGAACCAUUAGAGAAAGUAUCCGAAACAACACCGUCAACAACUGCUGCCGUUGUGGAUAAGUUUGAUCUGCUGAAGAAUAGUGCCGAUGUAAAUAAGGCGUACAACAAACAGCAGCCGCAGUCGCAGUCUCAGCUUCCGCAACAACAGCAACAACUGGUUAAGCGAGAGGAGAAUGGUGAUUGGUUGGCUAAUGGUGGUCAGACUGAUGCUGGCAGCAACAACAACUCUUUGAGCGAUGCUGUCAAGAAGGAGCAGAUCAACAGCUCUAAGGACAACAUGGAGUAUAUCAAGAAGGACUACGACAACUUCGACAUUGAGUCACAGCUGACGAGUUUCAUCAUGAAGAAAGUUGAGCAGAAAAUUGAACCCAAUGGAAGUAUGCAGCACCUUAAGAACGCUGAGCCCUGUUUUGCAGCUAAUGUGUUGCAUGAGCAACAACAACAGCAUAACCAGCAGCCGCAUCAUCAACAGCAGCAGCAUCCUCAACCGCAGCAACAACAACAGCUUGUCAAGAACAAUACGAUAGCCAAUGAAGAUCACGACGAUAGCUGGUAUUGUCUGCAGAAGGAGCUCAAUCUAAUGAACAAUGAAACCUUGCAGCCGCAGCAGCAACAACAACAGCAGCAGCAACUGCAACAACAUCAACAGCACUUGUCAGAGCAGCAUCUGUAUGGCAACAACAAUGCUGGCAGUCUGCUGAACAAUGGUAACCACUUGUCGGAUCUGUUUCCCAAUGGUUGCAUCGAUAAGAGCAAUCAGAGCAACAGCAAUAGCAGCAGCAACAGUAGCGCCAGCAGUUGUGCAGGCGAGGUUGUCGGCAACAGCAGCAAUGUUGCCAACAACUUGCCCAUUGGCAGCUCCUCGUGCAGCCAGCAACGCCAGCAGCCAUUGGCAAUGCAAGCUGAGCAGCCCAAUCAUCAUCCUGCGAUUAGUGAAUUCUUCAACAGUGAUUCAGAUGUGCAAAAGUCCGUUGAGACACGACUGGAGGCCAUGUUUGGCGAAUCACCUGUGCAUUUGGAUGUGAAGAACAGCAGCGAUGACCACGACAUUGAGUCCAAUCUCGAUGAGAUUUUCGGCGAUUCCAAAUCUCCUGUUGCGAAUCAUAAGAAUAAAAUGAAUAUCUGGGCGCCUGAUACAGAUUUUGCUACAGGCUACAACAAUGAGCAACAGCAGCAGCCGUAUGUACAUCCGCAACAGCAGCAGCAGCAGUCUCAACAGCAAUCACAACAGCAGCAACAUCACAUUGAGCUCAACUGCAACAACAAUCCGCGUUGGAUGCAAAGCAUGGAGGCCCACUAUAGCGAUUACAUGUCCAGCAAUACGAGCACUGUCGAUGGCCAAUCCCAUAAUAUGCUGGUCAACGGCGAGUCUCGGAAGCGUCACUGGAAUGGGCAGUUGAUGGGCUCCAGCAGCGACAUGGAGGAUGAGAACAGUAGCAAACGAUUGUGCACUGCUUCGUCGACCUCAUCGUCGCCUCUGUCCUCCCAGCAGCAGAUUCAAGUGCCGCAGCAUAGUAUACUCGAUGCCGAUAUGCUGGCUCUGCAUGAUGGCAUGGGUGUGGACGCUGUGACAACUAAUGGACCUGCUGGUUUCUCACAGCUGCUCAUGGAUCAGCAACAACAGCAGCAGCAGCAACAACAACAGCAGCAGCAACAGCACAACUUUGGCAAUCAUCAGGCUUUUGCUAAUAUGCUUGAUCCGCAGCAGCAGCAACAACAACAGCAACAACAACAGGUGCAACAACAACAGCAGCAACAGCAGCAGCAUCAACACUACCAGCAUAGCAUGCAACAGCAGCUGCAGCAACCGCAGCAAGCACAGCUUCAUGUGAAUCAUAUGGGCGCCGCUUCAGUGGUCACCGGCGAGUACGAUGACGACAUAAGCCGGCAUGUUGCAAGUGCCAUUGACAGCAUACUCAAUCUGCAGAACAGCGGCGAUUCGCUGCAGUUCUCGCUCGGCUCGUUUCUGGGCGAUAGCAUCCUGGACGAUCAGCGACAGGCGGCGAAUUUGCCCAGCUGCCAGCAGGAGCAGUCGAAUAGACGCCGCCAGUUGGGCGAUGACAUUGGCGAUUGCCUGAUUAGUGGCGAGGCUGCAGCUGUAGUGAGUGCUGUGGCCGAUGCUGGUGGUAAUCUAUUGUUGGAUCAUCAUCACCACCAUCAACAUCACCAGCAGCAGCAGCAGCAACAACAACAGCAGCAGCAACAACUUAUGCAGAAUCACAUUGGUCAGCAGCAACCGCAUCUUCAGCAUCAUGGACAACAUCAUCACGGCCUCUCGCAGGCACAAGCCCAACAUCAUGGCCAACUGAAUGACUUUAGUUGUGUGGCUGCCGGUCUAGAUGAUGCUGUAAAGUCAAUUAUGACAUCUUGACUUGGGCUCCAGACAACAGGAACGGGACAGGCAAUAGCCACCGAGCUGCCGCCGGCGGCAACAGCAGCUGUUGCCAACAGUCUGAUACUGGAGUUCAAUGCGACCACCUUGUGAAGAGCUGCCCCAGGCAACAAACAUUGACUGUACUAUAUAUAAAAACCUUUAGUUCUCUUUAGUUUUUGGUAACUGGGCUGAAAUUAUUAUUCAGUCACAAAUCAGCCAACAUUUGCACCCUGCUCUGUACAAUUUUCUUAAUUUUAGUUUUAAGUUUACAAAAAGAAGUAGCGUAAAUUGUUUUAAUCCUUGUUUUCGUUUUUAGUCCAAUGUGUUUGUACAAUAUUUAAUGAAAAGCAGAAAGCAAAGAGCCCCGGUAUUAUUUGUAUAAAUUGAUAGUCACGCAAUCGGGACACCAGAUCCUUCGAAGUCAAUAGCAAAGCAAUUAUAACGCCGAGAAUUGAAAACAAAACGACGAAUAGCAUGAAAUGCUUCUUAGAGAAGUACACUGAAUGAAUUCUAAUGUAAUACAAAUUAUAUAGCUACAAUAAAUAAGUGAAAAAUGCCUAGACAAUUUAUUAAAAUCUAAAUCUAAACUAUGAACAUGUGAAAAAAAUCAAACAAAAUAAAAGAAAUUAUAUUUUUCGGAAUGCCGAAUAUUUAAUACACUUGCAGAGCACAAUAAAUUUGUUGUCCGGUUCAAGGUGAUGAUCUCUCUCAAAAGAGAUACUCCCGAUCCAUUUGUAAAAGCUUUAAAUUCGAUUACGCUCUGCAAGGAUAUGAGAACAGUAUAGAUUGGAAAUGAAAUGAUAAUUGGUUGUAAUUAAUUGAGAAUUAAGAAAGUGGUGCGACAGCAAAGUGCUGAUCAUGUCGAGAGCAUUCGAAAUUCGUAAUUAGAUUUAUGCAAAACAAUUGUAACAACGUUGCCAAUUUUGUUGAAAUGAAAAAUGGGGGAAAAAUUCAACCACAGCAAAUCGAUUUACAUUACAAAUCUACAUAUACAUAAAUAUAUAUAUAUACAAGAAAAAGUAUAUUAAAUUAUUUAUUAAUAAGCAAUUGUAAAUACAAGUAUACACACAUUUACAUAUUUAUUUAUGUAAUGCAUGCGCCAGUUUCAACAAUCGCAGAUUUUAAAACAAACAAACAAAUGGAUUUGCUCUUAGUGUAAACAAAAUUACAAUGUGUAAUAAAAUAAAAGAAGCAUGCGAAAAUACGUAAAAUAAAUUAAAAUAAUAAUAAAAACUAAUUUGAUAAAUUGAAGCUAAGCAAUUUAAACUAUUAUUUAUAAAACGCUUAACGUCUGUCUGCUUUUGAGCUAACAAACACAAACAUACACUCACGCACACACAUACAUAUAUGUAUAAUUAAUUCGAAUAAUCAAUGUGCUCAAUUUGAAUUAGAAAGCUAUUAGCCAUGUCUUAAGAUUUGGCUAUGACUACGGGUGACAUCAGCAAAAGUCUUAAGAUGAGUUGACAAAGGACAAACGACGAAGCAAACCAAAAGCAGUUCAAAAAUGAAAAUCACAAUUUUAGCAAAUUUAGUUUAAACAUUUAUUAAUUAUAAAAAAUAAAUCUAUAUAUAUAUAUAUGUAUGCAUAUUGUACAUGUAAUAACACAAACAAACAAACAAAACAAAACGAAAACGAAUCGUAUCAUUGUAUCUUGAUCUUGAUCUUGCCACAAAUCUGAUUUGUGAUUUGUGCCACGUUUUAAAUAUCGAUGUCUGACUAGCUUGUAAAACCAAUUAAAAACCAAUAAAUCCAUAGUAAGCAAAACAACUACGAACUUAAUCCAAAUAUUGUAAAUGUUAGGAAGCCGCCGCAUAAGAUUCACUCAAUUCUCACAUAGGCAAAGUGUGCGACUUAAAUAGUUAUAUACAUACAUCUACAUAUAUACAACAUACAUACUUAGUCGUCCGUCACGUAUUAACGCAUACCAAUUACAAUAAAUACUACUACUAAUACUUCUACUACUACUACUACUACUUUAAAUACCACCACAGCAACAAAAACAACAACUACAACCAGAGAACAAGAAAACUACUACAUGAAAAUCGUACUGCAGUAAAAAUGUACGGAGCGUGACUAAAAUAGAAACGUAUUUGAGAGCUACAUUAUAUGUAGUUGAUAAGAGAAUUUCAGAUGGAAUUAAAUUGUAUGUAUUAUAUAUAUAAAUAUAUCGAUCGAGUUUAAUUGGUUUAGAUGCCCCGACGUCCCUUCCCAUGACCCCUUCCCAUCUGUAUGAUUUAUUACAGAGAUGUGCAUGCAACACUUUCUAGUUGUUAUACAAAGACAAAUAAUAAAACAAGAUUGUAAAGAUUUAUAUAUAAUAGCAUAAAUUAAGUUAGUCAAGGAAAUUUGCAUUCGAUAAUAUAUAUAGCUGCUGAUACAAAAAGCAAAACAAAAAAAACAAACAAAAAAAAAAAAAACGAAAAAAAAUGCAAACAGAACUUAUCACUCGCUAGGAGCCCAAUUCAAUUAAUUAUUGAUUAAAUGAUAUCAUUUGUAACUUAAAUACGCAUUGUUUGAUCUUUAUACUUGUAUUCAAUACGAAACGGUUAUUCAAAUCGGCUUCAACAGAACCUCCUCCCUAUCUACCAAAAACCAUACGAAACAAAAUAAAACGAAAUGAAACGAGAUGAAAAACUUAAAAUGGAAGAGAAUCCCAAUAUCGUAAUAUAUAAAUUGUUCAGCUAAAUGUGUCUAAAUGUAAUUUAAAUGAAAACAAAAAAAAAAGAACAAAAGAAAAACAAAGAUUUUUAAUGCAA